GUCAUCGUUGUGUUUCCCCCGCCUGCGAGAUUACGUUAUGAAUGUUGCAAACAGCUAAGCGGAGCAUGGAGGUAGUGUAGUGGGUGAAGUAUGCAGGAUUUUUGGUUCCAAAUGCCAACAUUACGAAACACUUGUUUUUAACACACGCUACACUGAUUCACAAAUUUACGUCUCUUCCGUUUUCCACUGGGCAGUUGCUGGGUGUGGUUGGUUUUUAGCCUUCAAUGCCUGCAAGGGUGAACAUUUCCCCAGUGAACAUGUUUCCAACUAGUCUAGCAACGAACUCUCUUCAAGGUUUGCUCGACAAGCAACAUGAGAUGCUGGAUGACCUUGGGUUGCCUCCUAUUAUGAGGAGCAUAACAGAACCAGUGGGACUUUCAUCCUCCUAUGGUGUCCCUGAUGAUGAUUUUGACCAGAUGCUUUUGCCCACGAUUCCUAACGAGAAUGGACAAGAACAGACGCUACCAAUGCUAGAUCUAGACUUCAUCAAUGAUGUCUUUGGACAGAUCAAUCAGAAUGAAUCGCCGAUGGAGACUGGUACAAGUCUAUGGAUGGACAAUGCUCGACUAUCACCUUCUGAUAGCUAUGAUAUUGCUCCAACAGUUCCAGUUGGGAAUCCGUUUGCAAUGAUUUCAGGGAUUGUUCCUGAGCCGAGUUUUACCAAUCAGGGAUCCCUUAGGAAAGACUCGCUGCUGCUACCAACUUCUUCAACAGGCAAUAUCGCUGAGGUGGCUCUGAAUUCUCCAGAAACAAGGAAUGCAUCAAGAGAAAAGACACCGGCACUGACACUUGAACAACUUUCAAGAAAGGAGCUGUUGAUUCGGCUACGCUAUCGUUCUCAAGAGGUGGUCAGAGAAUAUGUCAAUAACCCAAAUGGCUGCCUCGUCUACCAUAAUAAACCUUCGCAGUUUGACUCGGGAGAGGCUGUGCCUACAAGAGUGGAGUUCCCAGGCAUUGCAGUCAAUGUGAAGAAAAGAAUGACAGAUGUUCAGUUCAAGUGCACCAUGCAAAUUCUGAAAGCUCUAGAAAAUGGCCUGUAUCUUCGAUGUGAUGAUAUGGGAAAUGUUUAUGCGACUCGACAUUGUCAAAGUAAAGUUUUCUGGUGGAGUACAGAGAAAGGACCGAUCGCUGAAGGGAGAAUGGAUGACUUUGUUCCGUACAAACUAGAGAGGAACAGCGAAGUCAUGGUCUUUGAUAACGAGAUGUUCGAGCAAAGGCUAAAGCACUUCAUUGUCAACAAACCCACGUUUAGAAAUGAACCAGCAGGACUCCUACCCAACAACCACAUCUCACCGAUCAGCCCUGCUAUUUAUUUCACAUUUGCCCAGCCGUGGAACCCUAAUGAGGGUGCCCUCAGCUACUGCUUGACGUCGAUGAUCGUGAAUCCUGUUCGCCCAAGGAUGCAACAUCGCUGGGGAAAUGACGACCAGCAUAUUUCAUAUCCCGUUAGUGAUUACAGAAUUCAGCUUUCGAAGAGUCUUCCAAGUCAGUUGUGAUUAGAAUAAUAAUAAAUAAUAACAACAAAAUUAUAAAGCGCUCAAAGUGCUUCUAAUAGUGAUCAUCACAAGAAUAGAAUCGCUGAACGAUUUCCCUCAUAGCAGAGCAGAGCAAAAUGUUUUGUGCAUUGUAAGAACCUUUUUGUACAUAUUCCCUUUUAAAACAGCAUCAUUUGUACAAAUUCUUGUAGAGAAAAAGUAUCAGAAAAGAUUUCUCUUGCAUGAAAGGCCAUAUAUUUUAAAACUGUUAUUAAUGCUUUCAGGUUUGCGUGGAAUCUAAAAUGGUGCAUUUAAUGGACAAACACAAUUAGUCAUUUGUUUCAAUACAUUAAAUAGCCCCCCCCCCCC